CCCUGUUAAACUAUGAAAUCAUUGGAAACACACUUGAAACCCACAGAGAAAGACAAGACAAGGAAGAGAAGAACAAGAAGAAAGGGAGACAUAAGGAGAGAGAAUAAUUGAGAAAAGAAAAACAUCAUAUCCAACUCUAUAUCCUUAGUUCACUGUAUCCAAGAGUUGCUGUAUUGUAAAUGUAAUGAUGUAAUAUUUUGAGGUAUUAAUUUAAAGACCUCUGUGCUGGGCUUAGUGAUUAGUGAUGUACAUAAUUGUUAGCAGCCGUGAGGGGGAAAACAACACUUCCGUCGCAGAAUUAUUGUGAAAUCUGUAUUUUUGGAGGGAAUAUUAGAAGAUAUUUAGAGAUUUUGUUUACUGUGUUCAUGAGCUGAGAGAGAGAGAGAGAGAGAGAGAGAAAGAGACUUGUAUGUUCGAAUUAAUGUACACUUCUAAAUUAGUAUGUGUGUGAAUGAGAUAAUUAGCUGUUAAUUUUCUUACUGUCUCUAUCUGUCUGUAUGUAUGUUUGGUUGAUAUUUCCAUUUCUUCUUUGUUUUCUUCUUUUUUCCUUUAUUCUUGCAUUCCAGUAUUUGGUUCUUUGUAAUUCUGUAUUUCCAUCUUUUUCUUUAUUUCUCUCAUUCGUAUUUUAUAUAACUCCUUUUCAUUUCCUUUUUUGUUUCACAUUUCUUCAUUUCCAUAUUCCUAACAUCAUUUAUUUCCACUCCUUCAUUGUUUUUUCUCAUCAGUCUUUCCUUUCUAGCUCAAAACUACUACUUUUUUCCCUUUCUCUCCCUCUUAUUCUCCCUUCUCUCUCAUAUUCCAUCAUUCCUUCAUUUCUAAGCUCAACAUAUCUACUUUCAUACCUCUUACCUCCUCAAAUCAUCUUUUUCCUCCCUUUUUUCCCUCAUUCCAUCUCUUUCCUCCAGUUUUCUUGGUUUUAUUUUUCCAUUGUAUUUUUGUAUUUUCCCCACAAACGAUGCACAUUUGUUGCCACACGUCAAUACUUUCCGGGUUGUAGUUGACUGACUGUAGUAGUGGUGGCGUAGUCUGAUCUGUAACUUAAGCCUAUGGAACGUUUUUUUGGAUUAAAUGAUACACUGUCUUA